CUGCAGGGCGGUGUUUCUCAGGCGGAGAAAGAGUGGGACUGGGGUGUGUGAGCCACAUCUGGAAUAGUAGCUACAGAGAAAGAAGUCGAGAGAAGCAGAACGUCGCUCAUACUUUCCCCAACUCUUCACUCCAGCACUCCCUUUUCCACGGAAACCUCUUGCUUCGCCUUUUUAUCUACUUGAAAAAUGCUGCUCAUUCUGCUCGGGGUGCUUAUUAUGCACCUGGUCAUUCUCAUUCUUCUCAUUGUGUCCACAGCAGCCAGUGCCUGGUCUGUAGGUGGGGAAAGGAGCACAGAUCUAUGGUACAAUUGCAUGACAACUAAUGGAGGCUACCAUUGCAAGCCAGCCAGCAAUGAAGAUUGGAUCCAGGCAGUGCAAGCCCUCAUGAUCCUGUCCCUGCUUUUCUGCUUCUUCUCCCUCAUUGCCUUCGUGUUCCAGCUGUUCAGACUGGUCAAGGGUGGACGCUUCUUCUUCACCGCCAUCUUCCAGAUCUUGGCGAGUGUGUUUGUGAUGUGCGCGGCGAUCAUCUACACCGUGAUGAGUCCGGAGGACGAUAAGACACAAUUCGGCUACGCCUACGUGCUGGCCUGGGUGGCUUUCCCGCUGUGUCUCAUCAGUGGCCUCAUUUAUAUCGUCCUGAGGAAGAAAGAAUGAGAGAAGGAGCAGAGGAGAAGAGAGGAAGGGGGAGUUAGGAGACCCCUUACAACAACAUCGCACUGUGCCUACUGCCCACAGACCAAAGACUGACAUCCCAAACAAUACAACAAAAGUGCAUGUGUCACUAAUUAUUGUAAACACAAAAUGGAGACAUUUAUCACAGCUGGGGAUUUUUUUUGCUGUAUUUCAGUAUCCAUUAUGUUGCCAUCCCAUGCUGAAAAAUAUCACACCUGUUUGUGUAUUCUAACAAAGGCUGAGUCACUACACUUGUUCCCACAGUGACAGAUUGUCUUUAAAAUGUGUUUAUGAAUGUGUUGAUGACAUAUUGACUUUUGUUGCAAACUGGCACCCGACUUCCACAAAUCCAUCAUGUGUGACAACAAAGACGAGUAAUCCUGCCUUGCUUCAGUACAAAGAUGUACAUAGUGUCUGUGGUUUUUAGACAUAUUUAUAACAUUUUUACAUACAUUUUGUACAUAGUGUUGUCAAGUUAACAUUGUCAUGCUCAUUUUACGUGAUAGAGUUUUUUGUCUCUCACAAAUCAUGCAGCUGUGCCAAAGAGAUGUCGCUUAAACUGCCAGAGUAUCAAGCUUUUUAAAAAAAUUGUCUUUUUCUUUUUUUGAGUGUCAAAUGCUUUGAACCACGUGCCUUACUUAGAAUAUCUGUGUUCUUCUUGAAGGAAAUUAGGAAAUCCUCUAAAAUAAAAAAAAUAAAACAACAAUAAGAAGUCUUAAUAAACUCAUGAAGUUUUUCUGAAUUAUCAUUGUACUUGAUAUGCCAAAUAAAAAAAUAUGUUGCAUUUUGUAAUCUAGUUUUGAAAAUGGUGCUUUCUAUCUACUAUUCUUGAAAUGUAUAGCCUACUUUGUGUUGCAGUGUGUCGUCCUGUGAUUAAUUUGCGUUGUAAAAACCCCAGUUUGCAUUUUUUUUUUGUCAGUAUUCUUCUAAAUAAACCUUUUUGAAAUUAA